GUCCCCCCUCGUGGACGCGCUCGCUGAGCUGUACAUUCGUGAACGCGCGUCAUUCUUGUAGCGUGCAUGGGCGAUGGGACGAGCCGGAGACCUGGAUGAAGGCCGGUGUGAGGUUUCUCCCCUCUGUCCUUCUGCUGUACAGGCAACGCUCUCACAGACACCCAGAGCUCCAAGGCUGCAAGUAGUUUGCUGCAAGCACUUCUGCUUAUGGGAAGCCCUCCACCUCAGCUGCCUGACUGAUGCUACAGUCCACUCCUCUGUCUUUUGCUUGCUAUGAUCCAAUAGCCAGAGGACCCAAAUCCUGGACCACGCUGGAGAAAAGGCUUUGAAUAUAUUACGUUUUGAUCAGUUUAAUCAUGGCGGCCAAAGGCUACGGCUACUACCGUGUAGUCAUCUUCCUCUGCAUGUUCACUGGCUACUCUCUGUAUUUCUUUAACAGGAAGACAUUCUCUUUUGUUAUGCCCUCUGUGAUGGAGGAGAUAGAACUGGACAAAGAUGACUUGGGUAUGAUCACCAGCAGUCAGACCAUGGCUUAUGCCAUCAGCAAGUUCAUCAGCGGGGUGCUGUCGGAUCAGAUCAGCGCCCGCUGGCUAUUCUCCAUCGGCCUCUUCUUGGUAGGAGGCAUCAAUAUAGCCUUCUCUUGGUCUUCAACAGUGUCCAUGUUCUCACUGCUCUGGUUCAUCAACGGCCUUGGACAGGGCUGUGGGUGGCCCCCGUGUGGGAAGGUGCUUCGGAAGUGGUAUGAGCCGUCCCAGUUUGGAACGUAUUGGUCUGUGCUCUCCUGCAGCAUGAACCUGGCUGGUAGUCUGGGUCCUCUCAUCGCCACGGUGCUCUUGCAGUACUACGACUGGAGGACAAUUCUGACCAUGUCUGGCAUAUUCUGUGCUGCCUUCUCAUUUGUUUGCCUGGCAUUUGUAAAGAAUGAGCCGAAGGAUGUGGGUCUUCCCAACAUCGAAGCGGCAGCUAAGAAGGGUGCAAAAGGAGCCAACAGUGAGAGCACUCUGAGCGAAUUCCUCCAGUCUCCCUUCCUGUGGGUCCUGUCUCUGGGUUACUUGGUCGUGUUUGGGGUGAAGACAGCAGCCACUGACUGGGGACAGCUGUUCCUCAUGCAGGAGAAAGGCCAAACCGCUCUCAUGGGCAGCACCUACAUGAGUGCGCUGGAGGUGGGAGGUUUCGUCGGCAGCCUCUCAGCAGGUUUCAUCUCGGACAGAGCCGUAGCCCGCAAAGGCUUGAGCACUCAUGGCAACCCCCGCCAUGGCCUGCUCAUUCUGAUGAUGGCUGGCAUGUAUGUGUCCAUGUACCUGUUCAGAGUGACCAUCACACCUGAAAUACCAAAGGAGGCUCCUCUUUGGGUCCAAGUCAUCCAUCCAGUGUCUGUUCUACUAGGAGUGUCAGAGAAAGAGAUUUGGAUUCUCUUUCUUGGUGCCAUGUUUGGGUUUUCUUCCUAUGGACCAAUUGCCUUGUACGGAGUGAUAGCAAGUGAAAGUGCUCCUUCCAAUUUCUGUGGAACGUCUCAUGCAGUCGUCGCUCUGAUGGCAAAUGUGGGGGCUUUCAUGGCAGGGCUUCCCUUCAGCACAAUUGCCAAGCAGCACAGUUGGGACAUGGCCUUCUGGAUAGCUGAAGUUAUGAUGGGCAUCACCACCAUCGCGUUCUUCCUCGUGCGUAACAUGCGCACCAAAAUGGGACGGAUCGCAGAGAAAAUGGACUAGUGCCCACUGUUGGUGGGGCGUGGCUAAUGCAGCGCAAUGAUUCAACUGGUGUUUUUAUGAAACCGACUACUGUCAAAGACAAAUUAAUCUGAACAUGUUUUUGCAUCACAGCUUUGUAGAUUCUCAGAAGGACUGUGAAUUAAUCACUUUAUAUUUGUAAUGAGAUAGUCACUUAUGCAUAAAUAGAAUCUUCACCAGCACUGACAUGCAGUAGAUCACUAUUUUUCACAAGCUAAUAAUUAUAAUUAAAGCCCCAUCUAAAAUGCUGAUACAGCGCUCUAAUGUGAAGACAUUUUUCAAGGACAUGUCCUAAAGAAAUUCACAUUGGCAUAAAUGUCCUUAAUGAUGUUUUUGCUCAAGAUAAAUUGUUUGUGCUGUUCAUUACAUUCAUGUGUUUUCAGAGGAGCUCUGUUAGACUCCAGCUAAGGAAUGUCAUUCAUUAUAGACAUGAAUGUUGUAUUAAUUUGGGGCUGUCACUGAUUUACUAGUUGGGAUGAAUGUAUAAUAUUCAACGUUAUUGACAUUUAAAAACAAGGUUGGGGUGCACAAAUGUGGAUUUUUCCUGAUCCACAAGGUAUUCAGAUGUGUCAUCGUGUUUGCAAGCUCUGUGUGGAGACACAAUCAUGUUGGAAUGUUUCUGAGCUACCCUGGAAGCACCAGCUUCUCAAGCCUGUCCUCACUGUAUGGAAACUGGUUGCCUCAAAAAAGCAAUUUUUUGUGAACUUAAAAAAUGUUAGUAUGUGCAAGUUGGACACAUUAAGUUUGCAGAACUCUAUGAACUUAAUAAUUUUGAGUACACUUAAUAGUGACAGUAAGCUCUUUUUGGGGAAUCAGCCCUAAGAGCUCAUCUAUUUGCAGGGAGUGUCCCAUCUGGAUCUCAAGCUACUGUUCAUAUUUCCUUAUUAUGUUCCUAUGUUGUUAAUCAAUCCUGCAUUUACAAUUUGACAAGACGUAUCACUCAGGACACUGACUUUUUAGCUGAGUGAAGCUUCUACGUUUGAUUCAUCAAACAACCAGCAGAUCAGUGUUCAACUUCUUAGAAGUUUAAUACAUCACAUUAAUCGCAACAGCAACUUCACUCAUGGUUUUCUCUGGCCACACCCAUGGCCAAAAAAAGUGAGGUUAAACUGAUCUGCACUAGUCUCCAUCUCUUUCAAAUACUUAAUUUUUGUCAACGCAACUUAAAUAUUUUAAGUUAUCAAGCAUUUUUUUAUCCAACAGUUUACAGCACUUAUUUAAAACAGCAAGUUGAUGAGAAUUUAGUUCUUCUCACUAAACUGAAUGGUAUGUUUUAGUGAUACAGUGAAAAUUGCUGGAACACCAGUACUCCUGAGAAAAAAUUCAUUUGUUCUAGCUUGACCAAAAUUUGCAGCUGCUCAGGCCUAAGAACACUGUACCACCUGUCAAGCAUGAUGGUGCUAGUGUCAGACUUGUCUGUUUUACUGCCAGCAGUACUGGUACAUUACAAUAAGGGGCUUUCAAAUUCCAGUCCUCGGCGACAGGGCAGCAGAGUUAUUUCAGCCAUUUAAUGUAGGUAUGUUGAACCACAGAAGGACUUAAAACUUGCACCGGCUCCUCGGGACUGCAGCCUUGGACCCUUGAACAAGGUGGUUAAAACUUGGAUAAUGAUUCAAUGCACGCACCAAAACUGGAAACCAACCAACAAAUUCCAAUGAGACAUUUAACCAGAUGUAUUUUUAAACUGUGUGAGGAUUAUACAAAAUUCUUAAUAAAUUUUAACGUGCACCCAUAAAGUUAAAAAAUCAAGUUUUAUAUUUAUCUACCUUGAGAAAAGAGCAGUUCAAGUAAAUACUUAAGAGCCCAAGCCGAAUAAAACAUUUAUGCUCAUGAUUGGUGUGUGUGUGUAAACUGGUGACUGGAAUUGUUUACACUGCAUAAUGUGACACUUAUUUUGUGUUGGGUUUUUAUUUCUUUAAGUUGAGUAUAUCUCAUCAUUCUGGUCUUCAUUACCUCUUUGUAUAAACUUUAUUGACUCAAUAUCCAUUGGGUAUUUGGAAAUAUUUUUUUAAUAAAUGUGUUUGUUAGAUACUUAAAAAACUACAAUUAUUCAGUCUUCUGAGAUCAAUCCAGCUUUUCUGAGCUAAAGGCUGGAUGUUUAUUACUCAACAGGAGAUAUCGCUCUUAUGGUAAUCUGUAGGAGUUACUUCAAACAGUUUCUCAUCUUAAAAUUAAGUCUUAACUUGUCAUCAAGAUCAACAAAGACUUAUUCCUGUCUUCUGUAAUUGCAACAACAUUGAAAUAAAACAAUGAUUUUCAUGCUUUC